AUGUUUCGGAAACGGUUAUUCCUUCUUGUUCUUCCAACUAUGCCGAGUUCUCGCGCAGCUAUGCACAAUCGUAGCUCGGUACCACGAGUGGUUGACGAUCGUGAGAAGUCGAGAGCUUUUCCUGUUGAUGCCGGCUACGUAUACCGCUAUCAUCGUCCUGGAGUAGAUGCACUUCCACGGAUUCCGGGUUGUCGUGUACCUGUGGCGCGACCACCAUUCCGAGUGCGUGAUAAUUGGCGCGAAUCACAAGCACGUUUCGGACAGAAUGAUUAUAUCGAUCUGCUUGGUGAUGGACAGCUUCAUCCAGCUUUACUACAAUACCACACACCGAAGUGGUUACGAGGAUUUCCGGGGCAGCAUCGUGCUAAUGAGCUGGUAAAGCUCAUACACUAUCGGAAUUUGUAUGCUGAGAAGUUGAAACAGAAUUCACCGAGAAGAUGGCAUGAAUUGUGCAAGAGGAUCAAAUAUCUCCUUAUACAUCACAAUUACGAUAAGCAAGAUGAACUCACUAGAGAGCGCGAUCUUGGCUUGUGGGAAGAAGAGCCUGACUAUUUCUACAAGGAUAAGUCGAGACGGUCUUAUCAAGAUCUUGUUUAG